GCGCCACACGGAGGAGGGGGGGGUGUGGUGUCACAUGGCUGCUGAGCGUUAAAACCGCACAGAGCUGCAGCAGAGAAACUUCUUCUCCCUUCACACACUCUCUGAGCAUCAUCAUCAUCACACACACACACAGACAUACACACGGGUCCGUUCACCUAGGGAGAGAAGAUGGACGCUGCUUACAAGAAAGUCAACGGGAGCUCUGGUCCUGAGGCAGAGGGUGGAAACCAAGGCUCAGGGAGGAGACGAGGCUCCAUGUACCUGGAGGAGGAGACCAACAAGAAGUCGGAGGUCAUCUCCUGCAUCUUCUCCCUGAAAGAGGAGGUGGGAGCUCUGGCCAAGGCUCUGCGGCUCUUUGAGGAAAAGGGCAUCAACCUGACGCACAUCGAGUCCCGUCCGUCGGGGACGGACAAAUACCAGUACGAGUUCUUCAUCAGCGUGGACCCCAGCUGCUCCCAGGCCCUGGACGAGGUCAUCGACGGCCUGCGCACGCAGAUCAGCGGCUGCGUGCACGAGCUGUCCCGCAACAAACAAAAGGACACAGUGCCGUGGUUCCCUAAUGACAUCCAGGACCUGGACCGCUUCGCCAACCAGAUCCUCAGUUACGGCUCGGAGCUGGACUCUGAUCACCCGGGCUUCACAGAUCCAGUCUACAGAAGCCGCAGGAAGGAGUUUGCCGACAUUGCCUACAACUACAGACAUGGCCAAAUCAUCCCCAGAGUGGAGUACACAGAGGAGGAGAAGGUCACAUGGGGGACGGUGUUCAAGGAGCUGAAGACUCUGUACCCGACUCACGCCUGCCGCGAGCACAACCGGGUCUUCCCCCUGCUGGAGAAGUACUGCGGCUACACCCAAGACAACAUCCCGCAGCUGGAGGACGUCUCCCGCUUUCUGCAGUCGUGCACAGGUUUCCGGCUUCGCCCGGUGGCCGGCCUGCUCUCGUCCCGGGAUUUCCUGGGCGGACUGGCCUUCCGUGUCUUCCAUUCCACGCAGUACAUCCGCCACAGCUCCAAGCCCACGUACACACCUGAGCCGGACAUCUGCCACGAGCUGCUGGGACACGUUCCUCUGUUCGCCGACCCGGGUUUCGCUCAGUUCUCACAGGAAAUUGGACUAGCUUCCCUUGGGGCUCCGGACGAGUACAUUGAGAAACUUGCCACCGUGUACUGGUUCACCGUGGAGUUCGGCCUGUGUAAGCAGGGCUCAGAGAUUAAAGCUUUCGGAGCUGGAUUGCUUUCAUCAUUCGGCGAGCUGCAGUACUCCUUGACAGACAAACCCGAACUGCUGCCCUUUGACCCGGACAGGACCAGCAUGCAGAAGUAUCCCAUCACAGAGUACCAGCCGGUCUACUUUGUGGCUGAGAGCUUCGAAGAUGCCAAAGACAAAGUCAGAAAUUUUGCCGGCACCAUCCCCCGGCCUUUCACCGUGCGAUACAACCCUUACACCCAGAGCAUUGAAGUGCUCGAUAACACCAAGCAGCUCAGGAACCUGGCUGACAGCAUCGGCAGUGAAAUGGGGAAACUGUGUGAAGCCCUGAGGAAACUGGCAUAAAGGGAGAAAGAAAUCUGAGCUGAAGCUGCCUGAUGAUCACUUUCCUUCUUUCCCUCUUCAUUGAAACAUUCGUUCUUUUAUUAGACUGCGGAACUAAAUUCGUUUUUCUUUACAUUAUAACAAAUAUGCAAUCAAAUGAUAAUGAUAUAAAUAUAUAUAUAUAUAUAUAUAUAUAUAUAUAUAGAUAGAUAUAUUAUCCAAUUAGUAGCAAAUACUCUAAGUGUAUUUCAGUUAAGUGAAUUACGUGUAAAAUAUGCAGGACAAUAAGGAACGUGUCAAUUUAAAAUGUGUUACAGUAUAAACGUAUACCUUCGUCCAUUAACAUCUUAUUGACUUGAAUCUAAAACCAUGUAAACAUAUGAUUUUUUGUUUGAUGCAAAAUGACAACUGCAAUGAUCUUAUUUUUUUUCUAUGCAUUUUCAAGCUAAAACAUACUGAGGGAUCAUUUUUGUCGAUAAAGCUUUAAUUUUGCUUUGCUGGAUUCAAUAUUUUGUAUCUGCAUGAAAUGUUUUAUUGGACAAAUAAACUUUACUCUUCUUGGA